CUUUAAUAUCAAUUCAUUAUAACUAGUGACAAUUCCUUCAAAGAACCACGAUUUAAAAAAAAAUAGUGACUGACAAAAUAAGAUAUGUCGCGUGGUUUAUUGCUAAAAGUCACUGAAACAACAUAAGAAUAUGGCUCACUUUGUGUUCCAUAGAAAUUUUCUGCUGACACGGAAUCUGUUAGUUGAUUGCUAGUUGAUCACUUGACUUUAUUUGUUGGACUACAUAUGUCUGACGAUUUUGAUGUAGAAGCCAUGCUUGAAGCACCAUACAGAAAAGAGGUAAAUUUUUUCAAUACUGCACCAACACCGGAAUUAUCACCAGAAGAAAAAGAUGCCAGAACAGUUUUCUGUAUGCAACUUUCUGCCAGAAUUAGACCAAGAGAUUUAGAAGAAUUCUUUUCAUCUGUGGGAAAGGUACGAGAUGUAAGAUUAAUAACAGACAAUAAAACCAGAAGAUCUAAAGGAAUUGCUUACAUUGAGUUCCAGCAAGCUGAUUCAGUUCCCCUAGCUAUAGGUUUAUCAGGACAGAAAUUACUGGGUGUACCAAUCAUUGUUCAAGCUUCUCAAGCUGAGAAAAACAGAACAGCCAUGCCAACUCAUAUUCUACCUAAAAGUGCAAAAGGUCCUAUGAGAUUGUAUGUUGGCUCUCUUCAUUAUAAUAUAACAGAGGAAAUGUUGAGGGGAAUUUUUUCUCCGUUUGGGAAGAUAGAUGAUAUAAAGUUGAUUAAAGAUCAUGAAAGUGGAAGAUCUCAGGGCUAUGGUUUUGUGACGUUUCCAGAAGCUGAAGAUGCCAAGAAAGCUUAUGAACAAUUGAAUGGAUUUGAAUUGGCUGGUCGACCAAUGAAAGUUGGACAUGUUACAGAGAGAAUGGCUGAAAUUCAAGCAAGUGGAGGAUCAAUGCUUGACGGUGAAGAAAUAGAUAGAUCUGGUAUAGAUUUAGGUGCUACAGGAAGAUUACAACUUAUGGCUAAAUUAGCUGAAGGAACUGGUUUUCAGAUUCCUCAAUAUGCUGCCAAUGCUUUGACUCAGGCUGGAGUACCUGGUGUCCCUCCAAUGAUGCCAAGUGGAAUGCCUUCUUCAACAUUACCUCAAGCAGCUCAGUCAGCUCCUCCAAUAGCUACACAGUGUUUUAUGUUGUCCAAUAUGUUUGAUCCAUUGACGGAAACUAGAUUGAAUUGGGAUCAAGAGAUACGAGAUGAUGUUAUUGAGGAAUGUAGUAAACAUGGUGGUGUAUUACAUAUAUUUGUUGAUAAAGCUUCUCGACAAGGCAACGUUUAUGUUAAAAAUCCUACCAUCGCUGCAGCUGUAGCUUCAGUUAAUGCUUUACAUGGAAGAUAUUUUGCAGGUCGCAUCAUAACAGCAGCUUAUGUACCAGUACCUAAUUAUCAUGCGUUGUUUCCUGAAUCUGUACGUGCUAAUCAAUUAAUUGUACCAUCAUCACAAGCUCUCCAAGCGUCUUAUGCUUCAGGAUUUUCUUCAGCAAUGUCACAACCAGUUUUAUAGACCUCAUUAUUCCAGUUUAAAGAGUUUAAAAUAUAUCUGGAAAAUAAUUUUACUUUCAAAAUAUCCAGGGCUUUACAUCAAUAGUAGUUAUAUUUAUGACCAAAGUGAUUUUUACUGGCCUUUGUUCAUUUCCAUGGGACGAAAAAAGGAAGAAAAUAAUAGUUGUAUUUGUUUUCUUAUUAUCAGCUAAUUUUAAUACUUAAGAUUCAUAUUGUUAUUUUUUUUUUAAUGUCAUCAAAAUGUUGAAUGUACAAAUUGAAUAGGAUAGUAAUCAAGAUGUGAUGGUGUUAUUUUAUUUUGUAUAUUAAAGGUUGUACAUAAAAGUUAUUAGAAUGUAUUG